GGGGUGAGUCUGAUUGGCUGGGCGGGGCCGACGGUGUGCGACGAACAUGGCGGAGCGCGGGAGGAAGCGGCCCUGCGGCCCGGGUGAACAUGGCCAGAGGGUGGAGUGGCGAAAAUGGAAGCAACAGAAAAAAGAGGAGAAAAAGAAGUGGAAGGAUCUCAAGAUGAUGAAAAAACUGGAGCGGCAGCGAGUGCAGGAGGAACAGGCAAAGCGACAGCAGGAGGAGGAGGCAGCUGCCCAGAGGGAGGACCGGGGGCGGCACUACACCCUGAGCGUGGCCCUUCCGGGCUCCAUCCUGGACAACGCCCAGUCGCCCGAGCUUCGCACCUACCUGGCCGGCCAGAUUGCUAGAGCCUGCACCAUCUUCUGUGUGGAUGAGAUUGUGGUGUUUGAUGAAGACGGCCAAGAUGCCAAGACUGUGGAGGGGGAAUUCAGGGGAGUCGGCAAGAAGGGGCAGGCAUGCGUGCAGCUGGCCCGGAUCCUGCAGUACCUGGAGUGUCCACAGUACCUAAGAAAAGCAUUCUUCCCCAAGCAUCAGGAUCUACAGUUUGCAGGGCUCCUGAACCCCUUGGAUAGCCCUCACCACAUGCGUCAGGAUGAGGAAUCCGAAUUCCGAGAGGGCAUCGUGGUGGCCCGGCCCACCCGGCCGGGCCAGGGCUCCUUUGUCAACUGUGGCAUGAAGAAGGAGGUGAAGAUCGACAAGCACUUGGACCCUGGACUCCGGGUGACCGUGCGGCUGAACCAGCAGCAGCUCCGAGAAAGCAAGACCUACCGUGGAAAAGUUGUGUCAUCACAGGACCCUCGCACCAAAGCUGGUCUCUAUUGGGGCUACACGGUCCGCCUGGCCUCCUGCCUCAGUGCUGUGUUUGCUGAGGCCCCCUUCCAGGACGGCUAUGACCUGACCAUUGGGACAUCAGAGCGAGGCUCAGACGUGGCCUCCGCCCAGCUUCCCAACUUCAGGCACGCUCUCGUGGUGUUUGGGGGCCUCCAAGGGCUGGAAGCUGGAGUGGAUGCUGACCCCAACCUGGAGGUGGCUGAGCCCAGUGUCCUCUUCGAUCGGUACGUCAACACCUGCCCCAACCAGGGCAGCCGCACCAUCCGCACCGAGAGGAGGAUACUGAGAAGCAGAGAGGUGAGGCCCUUUCCUGGCCAGUGACAGAUCUGCAGGAUGAAGCUGGGCCUGUGCUUCACAACCCCCUACCCCAGGCCCUGCUGAGGGCAGCAUACCCCAAGGGGCUGGGUCCUGGGCAGUGGGGCACUGCUAGCCUCCCCGGCCCC